AUGUGGGAUAAGUCACCCCACAGGGCCCCUGCUACUAGGAACUAUUACAGGCACACGGUGUCAUGCUUCUCAAUCAAAUUUGACAUUAUCUACAUUUUCUUGGCUAUAAAUACUACGCUUUUUCCAUGGGAGGGUGUUGGCUGUGAUCGUAAUGGUCAAGUGAAUUGCAUAUGGUUGCCUUCAAGAAACCUUGAAGGAACAAUCUCUACUUCAAUUAAAAGCCUCAGCCAUCUAAAAGAACUCAACUUUGCACAUAAUAAACUGGAAAUUCUGGACUUCAGCUAUAACCGGCUAUCUGAAGAAUUUCAGCCAUUUGAUCAGUUUCCUGUUACCAUCAAAACGGUUGAUCUCUCAAGCAACAGAUUCAGCGGGGUACUUCAUUAUUCAUUCCUCCAGCAAAUACCACGUGCAGGUUUCAAUUCAAUCACAGGAUCUCAUCCUGAUGAUAUAUAUCAGGUGUCAACUUUGCAAGAGUUAUCCCUUCCAGGAAAUGGAAUAUCAGGUCAGAGGUCCAAUGCUCGAUUGGAUAAGGACUUUGCCAAACCUAUUUUACUUAGAUUUCUGAACUUUCUCUCGGGUCCUCUACCAAGAUCAGUUGCAAGAUUGUCAAGACUAGCAUCUGAGCUGAUUGCUAAUCGACUAGUCCGUGCACCCAAUGAGUUGCCUGUACUCCUUGUUCAGCCCAUGAGCAGACACUUAUGUCUACAUAAUCAGCUUUCUAGAUUGCCACUGGCAAUAUAUCUGAAUGGAGAUAAUCUCACUGGAACCAUUCCUGUCAGUAUUGGUGAAUUGCACGUACUUGAUCUCAGUCACAACAAUUUCACAGGCAGCAUUCCUGAAACAGUAUCUCACCUAAUUAACUUGGAAAAGCUGAGCUUUUCUGAUAACUCAUUUUUUGGUGAAAUUCCUUCGUCACUCGAGAAACUGCACUUCUUAUCUUCUUUCAGCGUGGCAAACAACGAUCUACAGCUCAAUACCCCCUGGAGGUCAGCUUGA